AAAGAUUUCGACGAGGCCUUUCCGUAUUUGGACGGAUAAGAUUUUCCUUUCUAUUUCAAUUACAGCCACCACCAUGGCCACACUGACGACGACCACCGCCGCCGCAGUUUCCUCACACUUUAUGACCUCACUUCAACCCCCCAAGCACUUUUCUGUUAGAAGCUACUGCAGUUGUGCUCUUGGUUGCCAACAUGCUACAAGAGUUGGGUUCUCUUCCACACCCCAUGUUCUGUUUAGCGGGAAAAGUCUCAAGUAUCUUCCUGCUAUCUGUGCUGUAUUAUCAGGCACAGAAGACAUUGGAGUAUCCUCUACUCAAUCUGAAGACUUGUCUAUUACUGCAACUACUUCAGGUUCUGGUGAAUUAAAGAUAAGCGUAGAGGUAUCUGGGACCAAAACUCAAGCAAUAUUUGAUCACGUUUUUGACAAAAUGGUUGCUGCCGCCCAACCAAUACCCGGAUUUCGAAGAGUGAAAGGAGGGAAAACACCGAAUAUACCUAGAGAUGUUUUGCUUGAAGUCCUUGGACCGUCAAAAGUAUAUAAACAAGUAAUCAAGAAAGUGAUCAACUCUACAGUAGCUGAAUAUGUAGAGAAGGAAUGUUUAAAAGUCAGCAAGGACUUGAGAGUGGAGCAAAGCUUUGAAGAUCUUGAAGCCUCUUUUGAACCCGGGGAAGAAUUCAGCUUUGAUGCUGUAGUUCAUCUUCUAAAAUGAAAGAUACAUGCUUGGUUUCCAUUUUAUAUUUUAGAACGGCAGCAAGGAAGGCAGAAGCUUCAUCCAUUUCAGUCGACCCAGAAAAAGUAGCAAAGUUCAUUUCUCACUGAAAAUUAUUACAUAACCUUGUAUACCCUGGUGACCUGGUAAGUGGUAAUGGGUAGAUUGGGUUCAAACCUUACUCUUGAUCACUGUUAAGCAGUUAUUUAUUAUGUAUUGAGCGUAGGCGUGGUAGUGUAGCAAAUCCCUGUUAUUAUGUAUUUUCGUAAUUUUAGUUAAUAGAUGUUACAUAUACCAAACUACCUUAAAAAAAAUAAAUAAAUAAAAAAAACUUCAUAAAUUUUGAAGAA